UGGAUAAAACAUGCGCCUGAAGUAUUCAAUACUACAAAACCAUGUUUUUAGUUCUGGUAUUUCACACUAGUAUCUUGAAAUGCUUGUAGAAAAGCACAGAAGUACCCUAGUUUAGGGGUUUUGAAAUAGAAAUUGACAAUUUUCGAUAGCACAGAAAGAAAUUUUACGUUUGCAGGAUGAAUUCACUCUUAAGAAUUUAAAGAAAUAUUAAGUUUUUAUAGUUAUCUUCUGCAAUGUCAGAGGUUAUCAACCUAAGCUGUGAUACUCCUAUCAUAAAUGUUUUUGUUGUUGGAUUUCAUCAUAAAAAAGGAUGUGUAGUGGAAUAUUCAUACCCUCCUCUUUUUGAGGGGGAAAAUGUCAAAGGUAGUGAUCUCCCAGAACCUUGGAAACACUUGCCGACUCUUGCUUUACCUGAUGGGGCUCACAAUUAUGAAGAAGACACCAUAUACUUUCACUUGCCAUCACUGGAAAACCCUCAACAGACAGUUUUUGGAAUCUCAUGUUAUCGCCAAAUGAAUGCGGAGAAAUUACUCAGAAGAAGCUCUGAUAUCACAAGAGAAACUGUUCAAAAAAGUGUAUGUGUUCUGAGUAAAGUUCCUUUGUAUGGAUUGAUCCAAGCAAAAUUAGAACUUAUAACUCAUGCAUAUUUCGAUGAAAGAGAUUUCAGUAAAGUGUCUCUGUUAGAAGAAACUUUUAAGAAUUUAAAUAGCUCUUUACCCAAAGAUUUAUCUGAUGGCCAUCAAACAUUUUUAGGUCUUUCUGUUCGAGACUUUGUUUUGAGGUUUAAACAUAAAGCUCUACUUUUAUUUAAGCUUUUGUUAUUGGAAAGAAAGGUGUUAUUCUACAAAGCUCCUGUAAAAAAUUUAUGCUCUUCUCUUCUUACUCUAUGUUCAUUAGUACCAGGAAUGAUUGAAAAAGGUCUUACUGAAUCAGCAACAUUUUGCUCUGCUAGAACUACACCAUUGUUAACAAUCACAGACAAAGAAGAUUAUCUAGAAGUAUCUUAUAGAGAUAAUAACAAUGAUCUAUGUGAAACUGGUGAUGGCUCAGUAUUGUCAAAUGAUAAAGAAGAAUCUCUUAAAUUUAAAAAUGAACAUGGGGAAAAUUGUGUAGGAAGUAGUGAUAAAAAUUACGAAACUAAAACAGAUAAUCCAAAUGAAUUAAAGUGUGUUGCUUCUAGACCUAAGACACUCAAUACUAAAAAGCUUGGGUUUGCUGACUCGGAAGCUUCUAGUAAAGGUUCCAGCCAGAACAGUAGUGAUACAGAGGGAGAUAGUUGGGUGAAAGUCAACCACCUGACCCCUGAAAUCGGCUCAAGUGCCACCAGUAUGACCUCUUCAACUUGUACAGAGACUAGGAUAAAUGAGGAGGACAAACUCGCCCGCUCCAUUAGUCAGCUUCUGGAUAGUGAUGAUAAAGCUAACUUAACAAAUUCCUCUCUGAAGUUUCAAGAUGAUGUAAAUGAUUCGAAUCCAGAAAAUCAGGGGAUACAAAAUUUCAUUCCUGCCAUAAAUGAUGGCAUAUCAAACAUUAUGUCUUCAUUAAGAGGUAGUAAAUCAUCUGUUUUACCUUCAUCUGCUGCUGAACAAACAAAUGAGAGUGAAACUAGGAGAUGGAGUACUUCAAAUUCUCAAAAGCAAGAUUCAGUGGAAUCUAUGAAAAACAAUACAAACUUUAUUGAUCUAGAGUUAGAUGAAUGUGGCUUGCCUCUCUCCAUAUUUACAAAGGGAAUGCUUUGCCAUCCAUAUUUGUCCUUGCCUUUUUUAGACCUUUUAAAUGAUCUCAGUGUUCGAGGCUGCCUAGUGGGAGCAACAAAUAUUCUAUUUAAACAAAAGAAACAUCUGUUUGAUGUCAUUGUGGAGGUGGAUGAUGGUAAAGUUGAAAUAGUUGAUCCAGAUUUAAAAAAGCAAUUAAAUUUGACAACUGAAGACUUAAGAUUUGCUGAUCAUCUAGUUCGACAUGUAAUGGAAGAUAAACAUGAUGUUUUCCUAGAUGGUACUGGAUGGGAAGGUGGUGACGAAUGGUUGAGAUCACAGUUUAAAUUAUACCUUUUGAGUGUUAUGAGAACAUCAGAAAUCGAAACAACUGGAAAAGAAGGAGAGUCUUUCAACCUUUCUUUUAUGAAUGCUUGGAAAUCCACUCAUAAUUACAAAAUUUGGAAUGCUAGCAAUCAUCUAGGAAUUUUAGAAUUGAAUCCUGGUCACCCAUUUCAAGGACAAUUAAGCAUGGCAGACAUGAAACUAAAAUUCUCCCACACCAUGCAAAGUACAGAAAGAGGCCGACGCAUUAAUACUGCUGUGCUCAAUACAGGAAAAGCUGUAGUUCAAACUGGGAAAGCUGUAGGUGGUGCGCUCACUAGUGCAAAGUCAGUGGUAUCCUCCUGGUGGACUAGCCUUAACGUUCCAAACCCACAGGACAAGCGGAGUGAAGAAGAAAUUGACCAAAUUAGUCCAACACAGGAAGACAAAAUACAAUACAGGCUAGAAGAAAUAAAUGAUUAGUUUUCAUUUGAAUUUUUUUAUGUUCCUUUUAUUAUUGUAUAUAUAAUCUGUACAAGUCAAGUUUGUAAACUUAGUUCUACAGUAUCUCUAAAACUCAAAUCUACGUGUUCUCAUGUCAUAAUUUAUUUAUAAAAAAGAAUUCUCUUGUACAAAGAUUUAUUUGCUUUGCUGUUUUUACACUACAUAUUAGUAAUGCUGCAUUCCCCACACUUUUUUUCAUAUGUUAUAAAAUCUGAAAAAUCUGCUUAUAACAGUUUUGAAAUUAAAAACCUAAGAUUCAAUUUAACUUUCUGUAUACUGUGUAGAUUUAUGAAUGUAAUAUAGAACUAAUUUGGUUCAGAUCAGAGUCAGUAAAAUUUUGCUUCAGAUCCUUCCAUAGGAAUGCUAUUGGUGAUGGUGGUAGUGAGUGAAGAAAUCCAAAUAUUUCAUAGAGAACUUCUAAUGUUAUUUAGAAAUAGAUUAGAAAUUGCUUUGUUUAUUUCAUUUUAGAAUCAGUAUUAUUUGUGAGUGUCCUUGAUCAUAUUAAUUGUUAUGUAAGAAAAUGUUUCCAUGCUCAACAACGAAGAAAUAAAUGCUUCUUAUGAAUUAUUUAUGUUGCUUAAGUUUACGGCAUAUGGCCAUUUAAAAAUUGCUUUCAUUGUAUCAUUUUGUUCUAAACCAGUUAAUAGAUGGAUGGUUUAAGCAAUAGUUGAGUUUAAACAAUAACAAGUUUCGAAAACCAUAACAGAAUCUUGGAAAUUUAUGGUGUAAAUUGGCUUAAUAUUCUAGGAAAUAGCUGCAAACACUGUAGAUUAUCUGCCAUCUAUGAAGAAAAAAAAACUGCUACCGAGACAGUGUCUGCAGAAGUUUCCAAAAAAAUGUUAAUAUUUUUCAGCGAAAUUUCUACCGGGAUUUCGCAAUAAUUUGUCUGCAAAAGAACUCUGCAGUGAUAACUCAGAAAAUUGUCUUCAAAAGAACUUAAAUUCUUUCAAAAUCUUUGCAGAAAACUUGCAAUAUUAAAGAAUAUUCUGUAGUUAAUUUUCACGGAAUGAUAUGCAUAUUUAAGCUGCCAGAGUCAGUAGCUAUCAGCGGCUAUUGAAACAACUAGGACAAUACUACUCUAAAAAAAUGUAGCUGGAUAUGUGUCUUUAUACCGGUUGUAAUCAUCAAAAUAAAAAUUUUAAUUGCUGUCUUGUUACUUAAAUGUUUUAGAUAAACAGAUAUACUCCUUUUUACUUUUUAAGUACAGUUUGAUGUGUUUAAAUUUAAAUAACAUGCAUUUAAAUUUUUAUCUAUUUUAAAUUUGCAAACUAAAAUUUUGUUAGGAGUAUGUUUGAUUAAGCCUUAUUUUUGCAAUUAUAAUCUCUAUUUGAUUGUGUUUGGGUUGCAGACAAAUUUUGAUUUAUGAAGAGGAUUCUACAGAUUGGCUCAGUAAAUUUCUGCUCCUGGGAGUGCAAGUGUUACCAUGUUUUGAAUGACAUCUUCUGUUUUAUUUUUAAUGUUUUCAGCUAUAGUUAAGUGAAUUUACAAAUUGAAUCAUAAAUAACAUGAGUCAAUAGACAAAACAAUUAUAGUAUAGGAUGGUGUGUUUUUUAAACUUAAACAUAAGAAAGAAUCAGAUGUAAUAAUACAUAAUACUUAUUAUGAAUUUUAACCACUAGUUCAACACUUAUAUUUAGCUUUAUGUGAUGAACUAUUCAUACAGAUGAGUUACUGAGAAUUAGGAAUAUUUCUGUACUCUAAAGAAUUAUCGAAGUUUUCAGGCCCAUAUGGUACUAUAAAUUUACUAUUAAUUGUUAAAAAAUACAAAUUGUUAAAAACAAAUUAAACUGAACAGUUAAGAGAUUCUGUGCACACUUUUUUAAAAAAACAUUUUGUAUGCUUCAAAAAUUGUUGAAAAUAUUUCAGUGUGACCAUUGUAUAAUUUUUAUUUAAAUCUUCUAAAGAGUGGUUCAAGUUACAUUGUUUAUACAAUAUUCUUUAUUUAAUUAAUGCAAUAUAUAUAUUAAGUCUCUAAAUAGAUUGAUAUAGAAAUAAAUUUCACAAGAGAACUAAAAUUAUCAAUUUCUAUUUAAAUAUAGCUAAACAAAAAGAAUUUACAUUUAACAAAAGAAAUUAUAGCUCAGCCUUCGCUUUGAUUUAUUUCAUCGUUUUGAGUUACUUGAAUUAGUAAAGUAUGUUAUCAAAAUAAUGUUUUAAAAAAAUGUUUGUUUUUGCAACAUAUAUCUAUAUACAUGUAUGAAGUCUGUAUAAAUACAAAGAGGUUGGAUUGGAGCAAUCUAAUGAUAAAACUCCAUUUUUUAAUAGUUCGAGAAAACAUUAUUGACAAGCACAAUGUUCAUGUAAUAAGAUGUUUCUAUGUGUUGUGCUGUUAUCUAAUGAAAACUCUGAAAACAUGUCUUAUCUAAAAGCAAUUAUAAAUUAACAGUAAAAAUGUCAACUUUGUCCCCGGCAAUUGUCUAAUUACCGCUUUUUUUGCUCCUGAGCACAGCUUUAAAGAAUAGCUGAAAAUGUGAUUUUUACUUUGAAAUAUGUAUCUUUAAGAAUAAAAAAAACAUAAAUGCUAUAAAAUAUUUUUGUUUAAAGUUUAAUAAACUUUUUUAGUUAUAUUUUAAUUGCAUAAAAUUUUAAUCUUCUGCAUAUUGUAGGAUAUUUUUAUUGUGCAUUUCCUUUACGCUUACUUAAAACAGAAUCAACUAGACUCAAAUAAGAGAAAUUAGUAUCUAAAUUUAAGCUUCUAAAAUGCUAUUUCAAUCGAAUUCCUUUCUUUUCUUAUGAUAUUUCAUUGUAAAUUAAAACUCCUACUAUAGUUGUACACUGUCAGUCAUUUUGUUAAGGCAUGCAAACAGAGAAAUUCAAUCUUAAACUUUAAAGUGAUAAAAUUGUACCAAAUGCUGUCCGAUAUUUUGGAUGCCGGUUUUAAGGGGAUAUUGUGUCGAUUUCUUUAAUUUUCUCAAUAUUAAUUUAUUUCAAAAAUUUUAACUGUUUUCCAAUGUCAAUAUAGUGGCAUCUACCAAGAAAUAUUUAAAAUAUAAUAAAAAAAAGUUAAUGUUGAUUUUUUGUGCACAUAAGUUUUUUUAAAAAUUAAAAAUUGACAUAUUUCAUCUAAAAAGCAGACUAUGUUGUAAUGUGGAGGAGGGGUACAAUUAAAUAUGAUGAUGUAAUCACUAAUCUAAUACCCAUGUCUAAGACCUUCCUUUGUAAAGGAAAUGUUUUAAUUUUUAAAACACUUAUGCUUAGUAGAUACAACCUCACAGGAGUAAUUUUUACUUGUCAGAAUAUUUUAUUACAAGCCCAACUAUGAGCAAUCCUUUUAUAAACUUUGAUAAAUACAGUCAAGAUUAAAUUAUAAUAUACAUUUUCAUUCAUCACAUUUUGUUCUUUUUCUUUUUAGUUCCAUUUGGCACAUAACCUUUCAAAGAUCGUGUUGUUUUAGAUAAGAGUAUGUUGAUAUCAUGCAUUCCAAUCAUUUCAAUUAAAAUUGUGCAUUCAUUACUUAACAAAUUUAAUAAUUGGUGCUUUUGGGAAUUUGUAUGAAAUAGUGUGAGUGUUUUGUAUGGAAUGUUUCAUUGUCUUCGUACAGCUAUAGAGUGUGAGCGUUCUUAUUUUUCGUAGCUUCGAACUAAUUUGCAUACUAAUUAUAACAGAAGUAAAAUUGUGUCAUUUUUAAAGUUUCACAGGCUUUAAGUAGUAUUUAGGAAUUAAGGAUUUUAGCCAACAUGUAAUGGAAAUAUAAACACAUCUGUGAGUUUAACUUGUCAAUACUGAAUAAUUGAGCACUAGAUUUUAAGUAUCGCAUUCAUCAAAUUAUGAAGAAAAAAUUAAUUUAAAAAAAGUCAUUAAAUUACUAGUGAGAUUUUAUGUAAAGUUCUCUAAACUCUAAUAAUUUUUAAAUUUAAAAUUGUUAUUUCCUAUUGUAUCUGUAUUGGUAUUCUAAUGAUAAAAAGCAUGUAGAGCCAAUAUUUUUUUGUAUAACUCUAUGUGGAUAUUAUAUAAAGAAAAAGCACAAUACUCCAAUUAUGAUUACAUAAACUUUCAAAGUACUCAAAUUAGCAGAUUUUAAAUAAUAUUUUAGCAAAAAUUUUAUAAAAAUAUCACUUAAAUCGGAAACAAUUUCUAAAUCUGAAGAUGCCAAUUAACCUCAUCUUACUUCCUGCCUGUAGUCAUUAGUACUUUUGUGAAACUGUAAAAAGGUACUAAAAUGUAAAAUUUUCCAUAAUAAAUCUUAAAAUAUUUAAAUGAUUUGGUUUUAAAAAACAGAUCAGCCAAUUUUUUUUAACCCUCCAAGCAUUGAGCCUGUGUACAAAAUUGUACUGAAAUUUCCCUCCCAUUUCUACUUUCCUAUAUUUAAUAACAUGAAUAAAACCAAUUUUGAUGCAGAAAACCUGCAGCUGUAAAUUUGGAAAUAGCUGUGUUUAUUGCUCAUGGGAUAAUUUAAGCAUAUUAACCCAUAAAUUUGGGUUCAUUUAAACUGUUUCUUCAACAACUCAGAUUGUUAAGAUAUGUCAAAACCAAUUGUCGCAUUUCCCUUUUAUUUCUCCAUUGUUUUGGAGUACUUAACUUAAUGUACCAUGACAUAAAAUGAGUUUUCUAUUUAUGAUUGUUUUAUUGAAGCAUAUAUUUGUAUAUUUCACUGUCAUGUUCAAUGGUGCAAUUAUUGUUUCCAAAUGCUGGUCAUUUGUUUUAUAAUAAAUAGUUUGCUUUACAAA